AUGUCAUCCUCUGCCUGGCGCCCAGUGGUAGCCAUUGCCGGCGCCACCGGCCACCUCGGCCAGCACAUCGCAUCCGCAUUCCUAUCCUCACCACUCCGCGACAACUUCUCCGAAGUGAUCCUCCUCUCGCGAAAAGGCGCCGUACCCGCUCAAUUCCUCGAAUUGAACCGCCACGCCCACAUCGUCAUCCGCAAAUACAACGACCACGAUCUCGCCGACGCUCUCCAGGGCGUGCAAGUGCUCGUAAACGCCGUCGGACCCUCCGGGCACUCGUUCAAAGAAAAGCUCGUGCGCGCAUUACCCCAGACCGACGUCCAGGUGUACCUCCCGUCCGAGUUUGGGGUGGACCACUACGUGCACGAUUUUCCGCACUUAGAAUGGGACCAGAAGAAGAGGCAUGUCGCGUUGGCGAAGGAGCUGGUUCCCCGCGUGAAGAUCUGUCGCGUCUUUUGUGGCUUGUUUCUUGAGGAUAGUAUCGGGCCGUGGUUCGGGUUUGAUACGAGAAAUGGGAGGUAUGAGAGUGUGGGAUCUGCGAGGUCGCCAGUGUCGUUUACCUCGUUGGACGAUGUCGGCAGGGCGGUUGCCUCGUUGUGCUCGUUGCCGAGGGAGAGGAUCCCCGAGGUGGCUCAUCUAGCUGGUGAUACGCGCUCCAUCGCAGAAAUUUCAGAGACAAUGCAAGAGGCAGGGGCGGGGGUAGUGGAGGUGACGGAGAUUCCGUUGCAGAAGUAUAAGGAUGAGACGACGGCGGAGCCAUCGUGGGAUCCGGCUAGUUAUUUGCGCUUUUUGAUGGGAGAGAACCGCAUCAAUCAUACUUUGACGGGACUGGGGAAUGCGAAUGAGCUGGUCAAUCCGGAAGAGAAACAUUGGAAAUGGAAGUCUUUGGGUGAUUUGGCGAAGGAGACCGAGGGGAGGCCGUGGAAGGAUUUCGCCUGGCCGCCAAAAUAA